AUGCCCCAGUCCAAGGCGGACAAAAUCGCCGAGGUCCAGGCCAACCUGCCUCUUCCGGAGCAGCCUCCCACCGCGCCCGACUGGCAAUCGGCAGAUGCGCGCACCGUCAACGUCGGGUCCGGAAGGGUGGAGGCGCACGUCGGCACGGGCAAGGCCGCCGAGGCGGGCUUGAGAGAGCCUGCAACCAAGGACGCGGGCAUGGACAUGGGCGGGAUUGGGCGCGACGGCAGAAAACGCUAG